CACAACCACAUCUACAGUUACCCGCGCCACACGCCAGCAGGACGGGUACCCAAUAACGAGGCGUCAAUGGGUUAGGCCUGAGCAUAUAGCUCAUUCGUACGCGUUAGUUUCUGCAGUCAUGGACCUAAUAAAGAGCUACCUCCCCGUCUCCCCCCAUUCACCCUGGGGCAACCAAACCUGAAGUUUUCGAAAUUGCAGUCACUCAGAUGGCGUUUCCAUAUGAGUUUUACAUUAUUCCCAUCUCCUCCAUUCUCCUGGCUUUGUCGUCAAUUGCAUGUCUCGCUUCCAAAUCGACUGCUUCCAACAGCCACAACGAAGACUCGACGGGGGCCAUAUUUCUCGAUGCUGAGUUUCCCGAUCAGGUGAUUGCACUUGCAACCUAUCCACGCUACCUUGGAUUGAAUGCAACGACUCCAGUCCUAGUGGCUUCCAGCAUUGCUCUGGUCAUUUCCAUCGGGUUCGCUGCCCUCUCAGCAUAUGUGAUGUUGAAAUGCAAACCUGUCAAGUUAUUGUGGUACCAUAGGCAAGUGUUGUUGUUCGCUCUCUUCGCCAAUGCCUCACUUGCAUUAGCAGCGUUUGUUACCAACUUCGUCCUGCAUAGCAAGAGCGCGCAUUUUUCGCUAUCUUACCUCAGUAUAAACGAUGUUAUUGGCCCUGGGAAUGCCUACACAGCUGGUGUAUUCGACCUCGAAACCUGGACGUGCGAGGUCAAAAAUCUGCCGUCUUUCCGAGACGAGACGCCGAUCGCUCAACAGUGCGCUGCGGAAACGGCUGGUCGGGCCUGCACUGUCAUUAUAUUCGUCUUCGCCAUAGCGCUUUUUCUGGCAGUCUGGUGGGAUGCUGAGAAGCAUCGGGCUUUGAUUGUGGUAGAAUGGGAUGGGGAUCGAAUGGCCUGGGAUGAUGAAGACGAUUGCGAAUUGGAUGAUGCUGCAGCCAUGAGACAGCUUGGACAUAUCGGCCUUCGCUCUCACGGUGUGUGAUCGGCUUCGAUUCCCUGCUAUUGAGGUCGACUAGACUUUGCAUUGUUGCAGUGGCCAUGGUAUUUUUCAAUAAAAUUCCAAACUUGGACCUUCAAGUUCG